UAACACACGUGCUGCCUUGCUACCACGUAUAUUUGAACAGACAAUGAAAACAUACCUUUGCAGAAAGUAAAAGACUGAGAAUUUAAAUUUAUGUCCAAGAAAUUGUCAAUGUAUGACGGUUGAGAAAAAGAUGACUUGUUGAACAGUCCAGCAGAACAUAAAUGUUGCCAAAGUCAAAAUAAAGCAAGCAAAUCCAAAAAGAAAAGCCAAAUAUUGUUUUUAAAAAAAAGGGAAAAAAUAGGUAUUAAAAGAAUACUUGGGAACGAAAGUAUAUCAAAACUUGAAUAGUGGUCAAGAAAUGGAAAGAAUAGAGCUUGGAAAUGGGUAGCAUCGAUUUAGCUGGUGUAAAUGGACUUCCUUCUUCUAAUAAUCUUUUCCAUUUGUUACAACAGUCUUGAACAAGUAAAUGAUAAUGGACAAGGAACGCGACUAGAAAAAGGUGAAUAGGACAACUAUCUGAAGGAUUUCGAGAAUGGUUUCAAUGCAUUGAUUACCAAGUCAUGAAUGGAGUCAAAAAUACUUCCAACAAUAAGAAAAUAGGUUUUACGAAUGAUUAAGAUGGCGAUCUUGGCGAACCGAUUUCACCCAAACAGAAGCAAGAUGGGAUGGGGUGGAAAGACGUACCAUAACGCUGGUACUGAUACCAUCCGUAUUGUGCUCUUUAUGCUUUAAAAUUAAUACUAUGUUUGUUAAUGGACACGGAAAGCUCACUACCUUGUUGCUUCGUUUCUACCGUGCACUGGGUUAUACGAAACAAAUAAAACUAUCUGACUCUAUAAAGAAGGCAUAGGAAAUUUUUGUUCAGACUUUCUUAAAUGAAUGUAUUCUUCUAUCUCAUAAGGAUUCUAUCCAACAGGAAGCUAAACUAAGCAGGUAUAAACUUUUCUUACCCAAGGAUAUCAACAAACGUCCAUGAGAUGAUUUAAGACAACUUCUUAUUAUAUCUUUUUAAGGUACUUUCUAUUUUCGACUAUGUAUUGCCCUAUUUAUCAGAUCAUCUACCAAUUCAUCCUUGGAGAUUCCUUCAAUAAUCCCUCUCCAAACUUGCUACUUGCGAAAGAUAGCUUCUUUCCUAUCGUCUUUCGUCUUACUUUUGACCAGUAGUUCCCCAAAUGCGUUUGUACAACGUUCCCUCGAGCACCGUCUAGGGAGUUUUUGAUCUCUAUAUUCUCAAAACUUGACUGACUAUGCUUUGUAUACAAUCAAUCGUUCAUCCAACUUCUCUCUCUUUUCCUCAUUCCUAUCUGUUUGUAUUGUUAUUUAUUUGUUUGUUUGUUAUACUUGUCUCUGUAGAUGUUCUUUCUCUAUUAGCUGUUUACUCUUCCCUUUCAACGUCAGUCUUUGAGCCACACCCUGUACCUCAACGUUCCUAUCCAAUAUACAUCUUACAUUAUUUACAAAGUUUGGUUUUCUCUGUUCAAUUGGCAAACCCUAUGAAAUUUACACCAACAAUGACUACUUUUCUAUUGUUUACAUCAUAACGUCGUGGUUUGUUGGGUGCUUUUUUUUGAGGAUGGGCUUUUGCGAUUUUUAUACUUUAUACUUUAUAGCUUUAAAUUCUUUCCUUCUCUCUUUUCUUUAUCUUUAUUUUUUUUUCUUUCCUUUCCCAAACUUCUUUCUUUUCCUUACUACUACUAAGUACCUUAGCUAACGUUACUGUUCCUAGUUGGUUGCUUCCACCAAGAAGACGUCAACCCUGAUUAUUUGAUAUUGAUAUAGGAUGUGCUUUUAAGUCUACCAACACAUUUGCCGUUCUGUCCUUUCCUUUUCCUUAUGUUAUUAUAUUGUUGAUUCUUUUACCAUAAUUGCUGAAAAUUGAGAGGUUUACAUAUAUUCUAGAGUUGGCAAUUGAUUUUUAGAAAUCACUCGUACUUGGUGAUAUUAUCUUUUAUUUUCCCUCCUUUCCCCCGUUUUUUGCGUCCCCUCGGUUGUUUUUAUUGCUAUUGUUCUAUUGCAACAAGGCUGUUAAUUUGCCUUUUCGUGUUGCAGCUUCCCGUUUUCUAUCUCCCCGUUUGCUUUUUAAAAUCGGUACAUACUAUAGAAUCGCGUAUCGAUAAAGCAUUCUCGUUUCACAUAUUAAUAGUCUCAAUAAUUUACAUACUUCAUACAUCGUUUGUGCGCAGAGAGCGCACUUAUUUGUGAACUUCUUUCAGUACCAAAUCAAGUUACUAAGGAUAUAUUACUUUUGGAUGUUGCUAUAAGUAGUGGAGGAAUCCCUCGUCAAUUUUCAUUUACUUUUUCUUCUGCCCGUUUCCAUUCUAUUCAAAAAUCUGACUUUGUUUUCUGUCUUAUCUCAUCCUACACUUAUUUGUUUUCCAUUUGUUCUUCUUAUAUUUGUUUGUAAUUAUUGUUGUUGCCUUCUCUUUGAUCCUUUUCUCGUGUCUUUUUUUUGUCGUGUCUGUUUUUUUGUUGAAAAUUCAUAUUAUUUUUACUUAUUUCUUGUUCAUUUCGUUUCGUCCUCCCCUCCCAGAUUACAACCUCUCUGGUGUCUUUUCUUUUUUCGGUGACAGACACUUCUGUUAAACUUCACUUUCUCCUUUUGUUGUCUUUGUUUUAAAAUUUGUUUCCACCCCCAUUCUUCUUAUCAAAAAGUUCUUACGCCCUCUUCUCUAACUAAUUCUUACUCAAAACAGUUAGGGUGUGUGUUUUUAUUGCAACCCCUCGCAACGAAAAUUUUACUUGUUAUUGCUUCCUUAUAUAUAUAGAUAUAUACUUUCAUAUCUUUAAAUCCAAACCCAAUAUGUCAGGAGAUAAACCUUUGUCUAGCUUGGGAAAUCAAGGAAGCGGUCCUCAACCUAUGGAUGCUGAAACGAUUCUAAAAAGUCGAAACCAAUCUACCACUCCCAUUCCUUCUCCAUUGCGAAAAGGAUUCUCAAAAAUUAAACAUAAUAUAUUAAGUCGAAAGAAUUCAGGCCAGUUCAAAUCCAACUCUGUCGAUAGACAAACCCCCCAAGACGCUCGGUAUGGUCCCACGAACGAUUCUAUGGCCCAUGUUCCCCAAACUCCCCGUGAGUCUCCUCCACUUCGAGACGCAGAAGCUCAACAACCCAAGGCUCCCGCCGGGCCGGUUCCUGUCCAUGCCAAUCCUCAAGGAGGCUCUCAACACCACUCAGGAGUGAAAUCUUUGUUUGAAAAGGCCAUACAUCCUUCUCGUGGAAAGUCUUCGCAAAGCCCUUCAAAAGGUAUUGGUUCUUUCAUCAAUCAACAUAUUCUGCAUAAACACCCUUCCUUAGAUGACUCUUCUCCAGACCACGGACUGUCCCAAGGUAUUAAAAAAAGUAAUUCUCAUCAUUACUUGCAGUCUGACAAAGGCAAACCCAGUACUCCCUCGAAACCCAAUGACGUCCCUAAACGUGCAAGCUCUGCUAUCCAUCCAAAAGCAUCUCGGUCACCACCCGGGAUUGCUGAUAAUAACAUGAACAAGGCUUCACGGUCUUCAGAAUUCCCGACUUCUAAACCCAUGGACAUUCGAGCGAAUGGCAAAAAUAAACCAACCAACUCCCGUGGUGGUGGCUUCUUUGACGCUCCCCUUCACGCUUCACCUAGCUCUGGCUCCCCUGUUAGCACUCCUCGUUCUUCGAAGAGUCCCUCACAAUCUUCAGUUGCUUCAAACGGUGGUUUUCGCCCGGGACCUGGAAAACCGCUACUCCCGCGACAAAGGAACCCUUACCUUAAUACUUCUUAUGAAUCUUGGCCUCAUUCUCCCGAGUAUGACUGCUUUACUUAUGCUGUUAGUGGUAGCUUAAACAUGACUCCACAAGGAACAGGUUUCGAAUGUAUCAAUCCCGCCAAUCCUUUUAGCCCUGGAUACAAGAAACCAGAUACUUCUGCCCAAACCAGUGCAAAUGGUUCUUCUGGAAACCAGGCUGCUCCGGAAAAUGCUGGCACGAACGAAGGAUCAGAUUAUCAGCCUGUGAAACCAAAUAGCAUUGAAGAGGUACCUAGGAAGUUACGACCUACCUAUGUUCCUCCUUAUGCCAAGCGUGUUGUCCCUCGCUUGAGUUCAAAAUACGUUUUACUUGAAGAAACUAAAGAUCUUGGAAGUGGUGCCACUGCUGUUAUACGCUGCGUCAGUUUGAAAAAUCCAAAUGAGAGUGAAAAAAAAUUGAGGCUCGCGAUCAAAGCUUAUCGCCGUAAAGCCGAUGAUGAAUCAGAAAGCUUCUAUAUUUCAAAAUUAACAUCUGAAUGGCUCGUGCAAUGUAGAAUGGAACAUCCAAAUGUUGUGAAGGCCUACGAUUUAUGUUUGGAUUCUCAUAUAUUUCCUUUAUAUAGUGACACUUGGUGUAUUUUAAUGGAUUUUUGCUCUAAGGGUGAUUUACUUAGUUUAAUUAGCAACCGGCAUGACCGCCUAACUCGAAGGGAUUUUGAGUGCAUGGUUAAACAAAUUUUGCGAGGAGUUGCUUACAUUCAUUCUCAAGGUGUAGCUCAUCGAGAUUUGAAGCCUGAAAAUAUCUUAAUUACAAGCAACGGCGCUUUACGGAUUACAGAUUUUGGUGCUUGCGAUGUUUUAUGCGAUCCUGGCAAUACAGAAAAACUUCCAUCCGCUAUAUCUCAAAGUAACGGUGUAUUUGGAAGCGAUCCAUUUAUGGCACCUGAAAUUUUAAGUCCUGGGUCUUAUAACGCUUUUUAUGCGGAUAUGUGGUCGUGUGCAAUUGUUAUUCAUACGAUGUACUUCCGCACAUAUCCAUUUCGAAAAGCCGUUACCACAGAUCAGCUUUACAAUAAGUAUUUGAGGUCUUGGCGUGAGUAUAACCUUAUGUGCGAUGUUCAAAAUGUUAGGGUCUCCAAGACUCUACCAUAUUUGAAACCCGUUUGCGAUUUACCUGAGCCAAUGCAGCGUUUGUUCUUUUGUUUAGCUAAUCCUGUUCCGGAAGAAAGGAUGUUGGCUUUGGAAGCGUUGAGUGUAGACUAUGUGCAAAAAAUUGAGUGCUGCUGUUGUGAUGAACAUGAAGCAAUCACACGUGAGCCUGAACCGUGUUUGAAAUGGAACGAUCCUCCAAUCCGUGAAACCUCCAACCGUCAUUAUCAUGGUUGAAUACCAAAUAACUAGAAGCUGUAAAUAUCGGAAGGUUGUUUAUUUCAAGCUUGUUAAAAAUAGACGAGCACUUUUUGUGGAAUAAAACAGAGAAUGUUUUUAAAAAGAUAUUCAAUUUCUAAUGGAACGAAGACAUAAUUACCUCUGAACAGGAAUGAGUUCUUUUCUAUUCCAUGACUUUGAAUUAUUUUUAUCAGGAAAGAAAAAGAUAAAUGAAAAAAUGUCAGUAUUCACGUUUCAUAAAAGCUUAAUUAGGACUGAAUUAUUGCUAUAUUUUUUGGUUCCAUAAAUUAAGAAUAAACCUACCAACUACAUCUUUGCACUGUAUCAAUCAUAGUUUCAACAAUACUGUAUAUAUGAUUAUAGGAUCUUG